AUGGAGGAACAGCAAUCUGAAGGGCAUUCAGUGAGUGACAAUGAAGAGGAACCAGUGCAGCCCACCAAUACAGAUGUAACAGUAACCAAAUCACCUAAGAAAGGAAAAAAGGACUGCCAAAAGGAAGAGAGAUCACCAAGGACAAUGUCUGGUGUCCAGAGUGCUGCGCAAACUGCUCAGUGCAGUGGAAAAAGAAAGUGUCAUGAGCAGCCUGAGACCCACACUGCUACUGAACCCACUCCUCUACCCAAGUUCAUCGACGAUAAAGCCAGAGAAAGGAAAGGUAAAUCACAUACUGAUUUCAUUUCUCGUGUCAACUCUGUUAAUAUUGAAUUGAAUCCUGACAUUGUUAACUCUGUUUUGGAAACCAAAAUUGAAACCUUUAAAUUUUCUUCAUCCAACCUUGAGGUCAUCACUCUGUUUGAGAAUCUCAAACAGCAUAUCCUGCUUCUUGAAGAUGGGUUGAUGACGACCAUGACUUCUGAACAACAAGUCACCUUCGUUGCCAAAAGAAUUCUGCUUUUACCUCCCAUUCCUCCAGAAAAUGAAAUUGCACAGCGAAAGGAGCCCAAAACUGAGCCAACUGCUGAGACUACUCCACAGUACCGUGCCUCCACUUCUCAAUCACAGUACAAGGGAAAAGCUCCGGCAACUGAUGGAGGAAUUGAAGAGGAGGAUGAUGACGAUGAGGAUGAGGACACUGAGGAAGAAGACCCUGCUCAGUUUCGUCUGGCUAGAAGAAGGCCUGGAUUCUCCAAGAUCACAUUUUAG